AUGCGAUUGCUACUAUCCUCGCUAGUCCUCGCCGGCGGCCUCCUGCUACAGGCGCAUUCGCAACCUUCCGAUGUCGUCACACUGAGCGGGACAACAGAGACGACAACGGAAACACCAACGUCGACCGGCGCCGACUAUGCCACCAGCGGAACGACCUACGCCGACGAAUCCAGCACGUUGACCAUCACCGCGACCACCGACUAUGCCACUGUGACGGACUUGUCCAGCCUUCUUGCUACGUCAAACGGCACCGCUGCGUCGUCGUCGGGGACGAUACAUUCGAAUAAUGCGACGACGACGACGACGACAUCGUCUGCCACUGAAACUGUGUUGGUGGGCAGUUCGAAAACAACAACCACGGCUCUAAACGGGACGGCCACGACCAAUAAAACAGCCUCGGGCACAUCGUCUUCGGCGCAACCCACAAACACCGUCCCGUGCAAUGGCCAUCCGUCAUUUUGUAAUCGGAAGUUCAGCAACAUCACUCAUGUCGCGGCACAUAACAGCCCGUUCGUGCGUCCGGGGAAUCUCGCCUCAAAUCAAAUGCUGGAUGUCGAGACUCAGCUCAAUGAUGGGAUUCGAAUGUUACAGUUCCAAGCGCAUCUCCAGAACGGAACCAUGGAGCUCUGUCACACCUCCUGUGAGUUACUCGAUGUUGGCAGUCUACAAGACUACCUCACCACCGUGACGAAGUGGCUGCGCAACCACCCGUACGACGUCAUCGCGAUCCUCAUGGGCAACUACGACGUCGUCGACCCGGGGAACUUCACGGCACCCGUGGUCAAUUCCGGCCUGAUCGACUUUGUCUACACUCCUCCCACACAGCCCAUGCCUUUGGAGUCCUGGCCCACCCUGGCCGAGAUGAUCUUCAAGAACGAACGUGCGGUCGUCAUGCUCGACUACCAGGCCAACCAGACCGCGAUUCCCUGGCUCCUCGACGAGUUCUCGCAAAUGUGGGAAACGCCGUUUUCGCCGACGGACAGAAAUUUCCCCUGCACCCCCCAACGACCACCGAACCAGGGUACAAACAUCCGCGAAGAUAGAAUGUACAUGGCGAACCACAACCUGAAUCUGGACGUCGAUGUCGCCGGGAUCAGCAUCGACGUGCCCUUCUUUACGUUGCUCAACGAGACGAACGCCGUGAGUGGGUUUGGCUCCGCCGGUCGGACUGUGACCAACUGCACGGCGAUGUGGAAUCGGCCGCCCAACUUUUUGCUGGUGGAUUACUACAACAUUGGCAAUUUCAAUGGCAGCGUGUUUCAGGUUGCAGCGGAUGCGAAUGGCGUGACUUACAACCGGGCCAGUUGUUGCGGGACGGCGGGGACGACCAAUGCGGGCGUCAUGAUUAUCCCGGACGUGAGGCGUUAUCUCUGGAUGGUGGCCGCCCUUUCUUCGCUUCUGUUAUUAUUGUAA